AUGGCUGAGCCAAAAAGCUUCAAACCAUUGGGCGCUAGCAAUAGCAACAGCAACCGCUCCCCCAGUUCCAUCAAGCUGAAUGAAAAGGAGUUUGAUGUUGAGAAUGGAGGCCGACGCUUGUCGCAUCACCACGAUGCCGUCGAUUCAUCAUCUACGACUGAGAAAGUUGGUCACCAGAUUGAGUUGGAGGCAGAAAAUUCGAUCAAGUACCGUACUUGCAGUUGGCAGAAGACUGCGGCGUUGCUCUUCUCCGAGUAUAUCUGUUUGGCCAUGAUGUCGUUUCCAUGGUCAUACUCCAUCCUAGGCCUCGUCCCUGGCCUGAUCCUGACAAUCUUCAUCGCUGCUAUCGUUCUCUAUACUUCAUUGACAGUUUGGAAAUUUUGUUUGCGACACCCAGAAAUCCGGGAUAUCUGCGACAUCGGCCAGUAUCUGUUCUGGGACUCCAAAAUUGCCUGGUGGUUCACGGCGGCCAUGUUCCUACUGAACAACACCUUCAUCCAGGGCCUGCAUUGUGUCGUGGGCUCCGAAUACCUUAAUACCAUGAGCAAUGGUGGUGUAUGCACCAUCGCAUUUUCGGCCAUUGUCGCCGUGAUAUGCUUCUUCGUCUCUCUACCACGUACAUUCAACACGCUGGCAUACCUGGCGACUGCCUCCGCCUUCUUCACAUUUGUUUCCGUCCUUUUAGCCAUGAUCUUCAUCGCAAGUGAGGGGCAUCCCGCCGGCUACCCUAAGCUUGGAGAACCUACCAUUCUAGCCAUUCCGGCCAAGGGCACAUCUUUCGUGUCUGGUACCAACGCUUUCCUAAACAUUAGCUACACCUUCAUCGGCCAAAUCACUCUGCCCAGUUUCAUUGCUGAGAUGAAGGAGCCGCGUGACUUCUGGAAAUCUGUCACUGCGGUCACCAUUGCUGAGAUUAUCCUGUUCAGCUUGGUUGGCUCGAUCAUCUACGCCUACACUGGUACGCAAUAUAUGACAUCUCCAGCCUUCGGCUCCAUCUCAGAUGAGAUGUAUAAGAAGGUUUCCUUCUCGUUCAUGAUCCCUACCUUGAUCUUCUUGGGUGUGCUAUAUGCAUCAGUCUCCGCUCGUUUCAUCUUCUUCCGCCUAUUCGAAGGAACCCGCCAUAAGGGCAACAACACAGUUGUGGGAUGGGCCUCUUGGGCCGGUAUUCUGGCAAUCCUGUGGGUUUUCGCCUGGAUCAUCGCCGAAGUCAUCCCGUUCUUCUCCAGUCUGGAAUCUCUCAUGAGCUCACUAUUCGACUCAUUCUUUGGCUUCAUCUUCUGGGGCUGGGCAUACAUACAGAUGAGCUAUGAUGAUUAUGGACCUUCCUUCUAUAAGAUCCGUGGCAUUCGUGGCUGGCUUGGUGCAAUUUUAAACGUCAGUCUUAUCUUUAUGGGUUUGUUUUUCUUGGGCCCUGGCACCUAUGCUUCUGUCAUGGGUAUUAUUGAAAGCGACACAAGCGGCGUCUUCACCUGUGCCAGCAACGCACUUUAA